CCAUGCCUCUCCUUGCCUCCCCCACUGCCUGCCCACUGAACCACUUGCCCCUCAACAGGCUGGAGAGGUGCAAAUCCUGGCUCUGUGCGCUCUGGCUUGCCGUGGGAUAGCGAGGAUCCGUUCCCCACCCAAGGGAGGGCACGGUGUGAAGUCCCAGAGCAGAGCUCACCAGGGGCUGACGUGUGCACCGAAUUCAUCGAGCCUCAGCCCAGGUGCCACCAUGGCCUCCCAGCCACACCCCCUGUGCCCUCCGCCUCUCUGCCCUACUGCCAACGGUGGCAUGGGGACCGGAGCUGGGCAACUGGUGGGCAGCCCUGAGACAGGUGAUGCUGUCCUGAAGCCGCCAGUCAGGCCCAAACCUCGCACACUGCCCAAACCGACUAUACCAGCCAAGCCCUGCGCCCCGCCACCGUCCCCUGGGUCACGGGCCCCCCGCCUUGAUUUCCCCUCUGCCGAGAAGAUCACCCUGCUGGCGGGUCCCAAGCCGUACAGUGGCAGCAACACCACCCAUAAACGCCUGUCCUUUACUCAGAGCCCCCCAGCGGAGACUUCCAAUGGGAAGGGGCUCUCCCCCCCGGAAGCCAAAACCCCGCCUAGUGGCAAGGAAGACGGCUCUCCGGCUCCUGUGACGCCCCCUGCUGGGGGGCCAUCGGGAGCCCUCAAGGGUGCUGCUCCCUUCAAGGUGAAGCCGGUGCCGGUGGCGGCCAAGCCGGAGCGCUUCCCUGGCACCACAGUGGAAGAGAUCCUGGCGAAGAUGGAGCGCCCCCGCAAAGAGGGGCUGCGCUCAACCUUCAGCUCUGAUGCUGGCUCCUGCUUUGGGCCCAAAGGCUUUGUCGCCUUCCGGAGGCAACCUAGUGCCGAGGGAGGGGACGGUGGCACCGUCACCCUCGGCUGCCAGGCCCCCCGGGAAUUGGGGCUCCCUGAAGCUCAGGAGAGCGGAGCGCCCUGCAGGGAUGAGCCGGUCGCCGGCGGGAAGAAGAGGGAUGGAAGCCCGUACCCCAGUGGACAAUGCCUGCCAGAACCCCCAGACAGAGAAGCACAGACACACCCUGGCUCAGCCUCCAGGGAGAGCGGCUCCUCCCCGGCCGGUGCCAGCUGUGAUGGGGACCAGUCCGGACGCAGGAGGCCGCCGUCUCCCCCUGGCUUCUUCUCAGCCCGGCCUUGCCCCGUUCCCGCAGCUCCGGCUGAGCUCCCCCUCGGGGUGGCCCCUGGCUCCCCCAGCUCCUCUGCUGGCCUUGCUCCGGCCCCAGGGGCCCCUUUUCUCCCUGCCGAGCAUCCUGCCUCAGCGCCCGGAUUUUCAUUCUUCUCACAGUUCUUCUCAGCCCGGCCUUGCCCCGUUCCCGCAGCUCCGGCUGAGCUCCCCCUCGGGGUGGCCCCUGGCUCCCCCAGCUCCUCUGCUGGCCUUGCUCCGGCCCCAGGGGCCCCUUUUCUCCCUGCCGAGCAUCCUGCCUCAGCGCCCGGGUCCCCUGCUUUGCCUCCUGAGCUCCCCGCCCCGUGCUCCCGCCCUGCUCACACUGAGCUCCCCCUUUGGGUCAGGGCUAGCUCCCCUGACACUCCCGAGGCUCUGGCUGAGGACUCCGUCAGCCUGGUUCCGGCCCCUGGCGCCCCCUACGCUCCAGCGGAACCCUGCCUCCGCAUUGCCCACUCCCCGGGGUCUCCCGAAACUCCUGGGCAGUCCCCACCUCCCUCUGGCCUUCCUGUGGGCCUGGCACCAGGCUCCCCUGCUGCCCCCACAGAGCUCUCCCCCAGCUCUCUUGCAGGCCAGCCCUUGGAACCAGGCCCCCCUGAUGCCCCCACAGAGCUCACCGGCAGCCCCCCUGUAGGACGGCCUUUGGCCCCAGGACCACUUGCUGACCUGUCCCCCACAACCACUCACUCCCCAGGGGCCCCCAAAUCUCCUAUUCUAUCUCCAGACACCCCUAGUCUGUCUCCUAAACUCUCCAUCGGUGUCUCUCAAUCUCUUGGGUCUUCUGAUGGGCCUGCUGAGACCCCGAGGUCCCCUGAUGGCCCCUCAUCUCCUGAGCAGGGCUCCCCUUUGCCCCCCAGUGACUCCGGGCCCGUGCCAAUGGACAAGGGCUUCCAGCCCCCGCAGCUGGGGCUCCGGCGUGCCUCAGAUGGCGUGGUGCAGCUGCCAGGCGAGGGGCAAGGAAUGGGGGUUCUUGGAGGCUCCCUGGCUGCCCUGCCCAGGGGAGGCCCCCCCCACUGCGGGCAGCCUCUGCAAAGCGAGUCCAACUGGAGCCUGUCGCAGUCGUUCGAAUGGGCAUUCCCGCCCCGGGCAGCAGAGUGGGAACCUCCCAGAUCCCCCAUCAGAGAGGCCGACGAUUCUGGCCUCUCUGACCCGGGCGAGUUGGAUGGGGAGGGCCUGGCCCCCAGCCCCAAAUGGCCUGACGAGGGGAGCGACUCUGAGGGGCUGAGGCCCGAGCUUCCCAAGGUAGCCCUGGAUGGGCAGGACACCGAGGCAGCCGGGAGUUCUGCCCCCCCAGGGGGUGCCACCGAGGCCCCGUGUGACAAGGCAGGCAGCCCCGUGGAGGCAGGGAGACGAGGGAGCCUGGAAGCCACUUGCCCCGGGGGCCCUGAUGCCCCAAGGGGGCUGGCCGUGGGCCUGCUUGGCUGGUCGCGGAAAGAUCUGUGCAGUGAGUUUGGCAUCAGAGGGACCCACCGAGCCGGUGAGCUUGGUUGGGCCAGCGAGCACAACACGGGGAAGACGGACUGGGCCAGCGAGACUGAGCAGGAUCGGGAGUUCGGCACGGGCACGCGGGACUGGGGCGAUGCGUACAAAGAGCCGGAGCGGCUGCAGGAGUCCAGCGCGGCGCAUGGAAACUGGCCUGAUGCCUACAGCAUGGAGCAGCCCCGAGAGUUUGGCACCAACGAGCCAGACUGGACCCGUGAUCCUGGUGUCGAUGAUACUGCCCGGCAGGAUAGAGAAUUCGGCUCUGGCAAGCCAGACUGGCCCCGUGUGUACAGUGGUGAUACCGUCCGGCAGGAUAGAGAGUUUGGCACCAACGAGCCAGACUGGACCCGUGAUCCUGGUGUCGAUGAUACUGCCCGGCAGGAUAGAGAAUUCGGCUCUGGCAAGCCAGACUGGCCCCGUGUGUACAGUGGUGAUACCGUCCGGCAGGAUAGAGAGUUUGGCACCAACGAGCCAGACUGGACCCGUGAUCCUGGUGUCGAUGAUACUGCCCGGCAGGAUAGAGAAUUCGGCUCUGGCAAGCCAGACUGGCCCCGUGUGUACAGUGGUGAUACCGUCCGGCAGGAUAGAGAGUUUGGCACCAACGAGCCAGACUGGACCCGUGAUCCUGGUGUCGAUGAUACUGCCCGGCAGGAUAGAGAAUUCGGCUCUGGCAAGCCAGACUGGCCCCGUGUGUACAGUGGUGAUACCGUCCGGCAGGAUAGAGAGUUUGGCACCAACGAGCCAGACUGGACCCGUGAUCCUGGUGUCGGUGAUACUGUCCGGCAGGAUAGAGAGUUUGGCACCAGCGAGCCAGACUGGACCCAUGAUCCUGGUGUCGGUGAUAUCGGUGAUACUGCCCGGCAGGAUAGACAGUUUGGCACCAGCAAGCCAGACUGGACCCGUGAUCCCGGUGUCGGUGAUACCGUCCGGCAGGAUAGAGAGUUUGGCACCAACGAGCCAGACUGGACCCGUGAUCCUGGUGUCGAUGAUACUGCCCGGCAGGAUAGAGAAUUCGGCUCUGGCAAGCCAGACUGGCCCCGUGUGUACAGUGGUGAUACCGUCCGGCAGGAUAGAGAGUUUGGCACCAACGAGCCAGACUGGACCCGUGAUCCUGGUGUCGAUGAUACUGCCCGGCAGGAUAGAGAAUUCGGCUCUGGCAAGCCAGACUGGCCCCGUGUGUACAGUGGUGAUACCGUCCGGCAGGAUAGAGAGUUUGGCACCAACGAGCCAGACUGGACCCGUGAUCCUGGUGUCGAUGAUACUGCCCGGCAGGAUAGAGAAUUCGGCUCUGGCAAGCCAGACUGGCCCCGUGUGUACAGUGGUGAUACCGUCCGGCAGGAUAGAGAGUUUGGCACCAACGAGCCAGACUGGACCCGUGAUCCUGGUGUCGAUGAUACUGCCCGGCAGGAUAGAGAAUUCGGCUCUGGCAAGCCAGACUGGCCCCGUGUGUACAGUGGUGAUACCGUCCGGCAGGAUAGAGAGUUUGGCACCAACGAGCCAGACUGGACCCGUGAGUAUGGGUUCAGUCCUGCUGAUGGUCCGGGUAAGGAGUGUAGUCCUGAGAAGCCAGACUGGACCCGGGAGUGCAGUGCCAAGUCCCACGAGCAGGGUAGGGAGUGGACCCGUGGGUACGGUGUUGGGGAUACCGCCCAGCAGGACAAGGACUUUGGCACUGGCCAGCAACUCUGGACCCGCGAGUUCGGAAUUGGUGAUGGUGCUGGACAGGACGGCGCAUUGAGCCCUGACAAGCCAGCUUGGCUUGGGGACCAUGGCAGUCGCCUUACAGACCGAGACUCUACCUUUGGCCCUGGGGUCGAAGACGCCGGCAGCUUGAUCCGAGCCCCCAAGGCCCGGAAGCCCAGGUGGAGCGGCAGCGGCCUGCAAGAGAGCAAGUUCUCUUUUGCCAGGCGGGAUUGCACCCGUGAGUUCGGGGUCGGAGGGGCUGAGCACGAAAGCCAGUUUGGCGUCAUCGGGACGCAGCGGGCAGGUGGCUUUGGCUUAGCCGCUUUGGAGCCCGUCGCUGCCAGCGAGACCCUGCCCGAGCGGGCUGGCCAUUCCCAAGGGGUGGGCCUGGAGGAGCUCAGAGAGGCCGGCGUGGGGCAGCCCGACUGGGCUGGAGGUCGAGGUCUCAGUGUCACGGAGCCAUCUGUCAGCGGGGGAUGGAUGGACUGGACAUACACAUGCAGCACGAGCAGCACGGGUCCCUCCAGUGGCCUGGGGGUGGGGGGCGCCGAUCCACCCCGGGAACCUGGCGUGGGGCAGUCAGACGGGGCCGGUGACGGCACGGGAGACUCAGCCACCGCCAGCGGCUUGGGGCGCAUGGGCAUGACGGAGGCUGGAGAGAGACAGUUUUACUGGAGCCGCGAGUUCAGCUCCGGGGCCGAGAGGUCUGCGAAGCCUGGGGAGGUGGCCGUGGGGCAGAUGGACUGGGCCAGUGAGGCCGGCAUUGGAUUAUCUCUUCCCACCCUCCCCCGUCUCCCGGGGCACGUGCAGGACACGGAAGUUCUCGACAGCGCCGUCUACCGGAACAGAGCCAACCUGGGCCGCAAGCGAGGUCACCGGGCGCCAGCCCCACGUCCCGCCGGCACCCAGGGGCUGUCUGAGGCGGAGGCGGGAGAGAGGGAGCUUGGAGGUCCCAGAUCAGAUGGAAGGGCUCAGGGGCACGGUGGGGAACCCGCCCUGACGGGAAGGUCAGUGGGGACGUACCAUUCAUACAGACCGAGCCAGAACCUCUGUGUGUCUGACACGUCCCCCGCCCCCCAGGCCAAGCUGCGGGGCCGAAACCGUUCUGUGGAGGAGGGGGCUCAGCCGGGGGAGGCCAAGACAGCUCUGCCUAAGGAGCCCCAUGUCCAGCGCUCGAAGUCCUGCAAGCUCCCUGGCUUGGGGGGGAAACCCCUGGCGCUGCCCCCCAAGCCAGAGAAAUCCUCAGGGUCAGAUCCCUAA